CGUGGUGGUGUGCUUACGGGUGCCUUACCUGGGCCCUGGGGAAGCCCUGGGUGGAAUAUCAUAUCACUCAGGGUCCUUCUAACUCGGUCUUCCCAAAUAUCCGAAUGACUGCAACUUUAGUUGCCACUAUGGGUACUACAAAAACAUUGCCGGCGGAGCCUGAUAACGUGAUCGAGUCCUUACUGCACACAUUGCUGGAGACUUUCACGGCGACACGGGACCUCCACAAGACGCUCCGAAUAAAGGAAAAGAGGGACCAUGAGGCAAUCAAAACGUUGAAGGGCUAUCCAGAGUCCCGCCGCAAUUACUACGUGGAUAGUGACGGAAUGGAUGAAGCGGGAGAGAAUGCGAUUAGUUUGGACAAGUCUGCCGUGAAACGAGAAUUCCAACGAGGAUAUAGCGACUUGGGGCAUCGAUAUGCAAUGGGAGACGUCAUCACCCAAACCGAACUCCAAGCUCAGAUAAUUGCCCUCCAAGGAACCCUCGUCACAGUCUUCCUCUACGGCCCGACCUCCCCCCAUCCGAUAUCGCACCAUCUCACGACGAUCCUCUCAGCCUCGAAAACGGCCUCCAUCAACGCGGUCCACAGCCUUGCAGCGCAAUACCAACGAAUGAUCACCGCAUUCCCUCAAAUUCCUCGCAGCCCUCCAUCACCACCACCCUACCCAGCAACCGUCCCGCCAGCCCGCCCACGCUCCGCCUCGCUCUCCCGCUCUCGGCCAUCCACCGCGCUCGUCCCAUCCCGCCACGCCUCCACCCACACCAAGUCCGCCCGCCCCCUCAGCUAUCCAGCCUCGUCCCGCGACUCUCUCCCCGCGGCCCUCCCAAUGCCCUACCCUAGCACGCGCUCCUCCACGCCCACCACCUCCCUAACCAACCCCUCGCCCACCUCCAACCACGCCCUCUUCUGCCCCUACGCCCUGCACCUGCAAACGCACCCCCACCAACCCCUCUCCCCGGCCCUUACUUCCUCAACCCCCUCCUGCCCCUCCUGCGCUCGCACGCUCAACCUCACGCCCGGCCGAACCUGGGAAGUGCGCAAGACGGACAUCGUGCUCGAGCACGACGCGCGCGGCCGCCGCGACAGCGUGCGCGAGCGCGAGAUCAAGCGCGUGUUUCAGGUGAACAACCGCUUUGUUGUGAAGUGCCACCGCGCGGGGCCCGAGGGGGGGUAUUCUUGUGUGAUUUGCGCGAGAGAUGACGGGUGUGAGGCGGACACGGUGUGUGGGGACGUGAAGGCGCUGGUGCGGCAUGUGUGGAUGGAGCAUGAGGCGCGGGAGUUGGAGGGGGAGGUGGAUGUGGUGGAGGUGCGGGAGGAGGGAGACUGGUGGGGGAGGGGGAGUCGGCGACGGAGUUGGGAUGGGGGGGAGAGGUGA